CAUCACAUGUUUUUCCGUUUACCGGACACACGUUUCUGAGCUCGUGUGUUCUGAUGACAUUAGACGCUUUCACAGGCAGCCGGUGAUCGUUAAAACACAUCGUUGUUUAAUCUGACACAAGAACCUGUUCCUCUGAACUCUCUGUACCGGGUCAAAUCAAACGCUCGCAAUGUUUCUGUCCGCAGUACCGACGCGCGUGCUGAUACGAAGGUCGCGCAGUCUGUCGCCGUGCCGCGCGCUGCAGACCGGUCGCGGCGAGGCCUCGCGCUUCAGAAACCUUUGCGAGGUCGAACCGAACCGGAGUCCGGUCACGAGCGGACCUCGCGCGUCCAGAAACAGCGUUUUGAGCGAGUGGUCGCACGCGCAGUACCACGAGCUGGCCAGCAGGUGGCGCGUGAGUCUGGAGGGUCGCAGGAACAGCUGGGCAACGCUUACCGCCGCGGGGCGUCACAGCGACGGGCAUGGGAGCGGGCGUGACGCGUCAACCGCCGCGGGCGUCAUUUCAGCGGCCGCCCUCGCGUUCUGUUUAAAGAAAGACAGUGACGGAGGAGCUGAAGCUCUUCUAGAUGCUGUUAAGUCUGGUAACACACAAGAGGUGAUGAGGUUAUUGGCAGGGGGGUCGGAUCCGAACAUUCGACACCGUUUGGGUUGGACGUCUCUGAUGGUGGCCGCCAUGAACCGUCAGCACAAUGUGGUAAAGGUUUUGUUAGAGAUGGGUGCCGAUCCAAACAUGGGCGAUGACUUCAGCAGCGUUUAUGAGACCGCCCGGGAGAAGAGUGUUCACUCAUUAGAGGUGUUGGUGAGCAGAGAGGAUGAGUUCAGCAAUCGUCUGAGCAGUCGGGCCAGUUUUCGUGGUUGUACAGCGCUGCAUUAUGCCGUUCUGGCCGAUGACCUGAGGACCGUCCGUAUGCUGCUGGACGCAGGUGCCAACCCUUUACAGCAGAAUACAUUAGGACACACUCCACUCGCCUACGCUAAAGAUGGAGAGAUGCAAACACUGUUAAAGGAGUCGGAGACAAAGUAUGUGGAGUCUCAAAAGAAGAGAGAAGCUGAAGAGAGACGCAGGUUUCCUCUGGAGCGCAGAUUAAAGGAGCACAUCAUUGGACAAGAAGGAGCCAUCAAUACUGUUGCCUCAGCCAUCAGGAGGAAAGAGAACGGCUGGUAUGAUGAAGAACAUCCGCUCGUCUUUCUAUUUCUGGGCUCCUCUGGAAUUGGUAAAACUGAACUGGCUAAACAGGUGGCUCGAUACAUGCAUAAAGAUAUUAAGAAGGGAUUCAUCCGAAUGGACAUGUCAGAAUUUCAAGAGAAACAUGAGGUGGCGAAGUUCAUCGGUUCUCCUCCAGGUUAUGUUGGUCAUGAGGAGGGAGGUCAUUUAACAAAGCAGUUGAGACAGUGUCCGAACGCUGUGGUUUUGUUUGAUGAAGUGGAUAAAGCUCAUCCUGAUGUGCUCACGGUUAUGUUACAGCUCUUUGAUGAGGGUCGUUUGACUGACGGUAAGGGGAAGACCAUCGAGUGUAAAGAUGCCAUCUUCAUUAUGACGUCCAAUGUAGCAAGUGACGAAAUCGCCCAUCAUGCAUUGCAGCUGAGACGAGAAGCUCAGGAACAGAGUCGCAGACGUCUCGCUGAAAAUCUGGAUGAUGUUCAGAAGAGUGAGAAGAUCACCAUCUCCAGCACAUUUAAAGAGGAGGUGAUUCGUCCCAUACUGAAGGCUCAGUUCAGACGGGAUGAGUUUCUGGGCCGGAUAAAUGAGAUCGUAUAUUUUUUACCAUUUUGUCAUUCUGAACUCAUUCAACUCGUCACUAAAGAACUCAACUACUGGGCCAAGAAGGCUAUGCAGAGACACAAUAUAACCCUGCUGUGGGACAGUCCUGUGCUUGAGCUGCUGGCCAGAGGAUAUAAUCUACAUUACGGCGCUCGAUCGAUCAAACAUGAGGUGGAGCGUCGGGUUGUGAAUCAGUUAGCAGCGGCGUACGAACAGGAUCUACUGCCGAAAGGCUGCACGCUGCGUCUCACGGUGGACGCCGGACUCAAAGAGAAAGAUGAAGCUCCUGCUCUCCGUCUCGAGGUGAUGGGUGAAGACAGCACCUCACGAAAACUGGACAUCCGCCCUCCUCUGAAUACAGAUGAUGUGACUUAUGUCCACUAAAAACCUGACGGAUGUAAGAGAGAGAGAGAGAGAGAGGAACUCGUAAGACUUCACAACACAUUUCUGUUACAUUACACCAAACACUCUCUCUUAAUGUUGUUUUGUGUCUAUUAAUAAAGUGAGUUAUUGUUCACAAAUACAGAUGUAUAGAGUUAAAUAUGUCCAGAUUCCAUACAGAGAAUCUGUGUGUAUAGAGAACUAUCUAUGUCUAUAUUCACUAAAGUUAAAGUUUAUGAGAUCAAUCUUUAUGUCUUGAUGGUGUAUAUACUCAUCAUAGGAUCCAACACAGGGAACACACAGCAUAAUAAGUAAGGAAUAAUUGACAGCGAGCAUUUGAAAAUAAUGCACACCCAAGGUGGUAAUGCGGCACAACGCGGAUGUGCAUUAUUUUCAAAAAAUUCAAAGGACCGGAGUCAAUUAUUCCUCUUAUACCACGGUUACCACAGACAUUGCUCGGGUUGUUAUUUUAAGACAUUUGACAGGUCAGGUGUGCAGUUUACAGAAAAUAAUGUAGUGCUGUCAAAUGAUUAAUCACAAUUAAUCGCA